GGUAUAAGAGGGGCGCUGAAUACUGGGCACUCAUCACGACAGAUCUUUUAAAACCACACACUCAUUUAAUUUUGGAAAGACUUAACAGCCUGGAUGUUACAUUUUACAAGCUUCUCUCCAGCCACUAACCCACCACUGAUGUAUAUCACACGCUAGUUUAUGUGACGUCAAGAUACGCUGUCAAGGACUCCUUUUGUGAUGAAGCUCUGCAGGCUGUAAAACUGAAGGACAAACAUACAAAAUGGAAAACUUUACGACCGGCCCUCUCAUGGGCCUUGAUCUUAGAUGUAACAUGACUGGGAGCCACAAUUUUAUCUUCACAUUUAUUCCGGUGGUAUACAGCUGCAACUUUAUUAUCGGAAUAGUAGGAAACAUCAUGGUAGUGGCUGUCAUCUACUUCUGUUUGAAACUAAAAACCGUUUCCAACAUAUUUGUUUUGAACCUUGCGAUCUCAGACCUGACUUUCCUCCUCACCCUGCCCAUUUGGGCCAUAUACACCGCCACAGGCUACCAGUGGCCUUUUGGAAGCUUCUUAUGUAAAGCGAUCGCUGGUAUGGCCCUUUUUAACCUAUAUACCAGCAUUUUUCUCCUAACUGCCCUCAGCAUUGAUCGCUAUCUUGCCAUAGUUCACCCAGUUCAGUCCAGACAGUGCCGCACGGUGGUCUACGGCCGUGUGACGUGCGUCUUAGUUUGGGUAGUGGCUUUGUUUCUGAGUCUGCCCACCGCUGCCAUACGGAGGACACACUUUAUCCAGCAUAGCAAUGUAACUGUAUGUGGCAUCCUGGACAAGGAAGAGCUUCGCAAUGUGUUAGCUGCUCUCAGCCUGAUGAAGGGCGUGCUCGGGUUCCUUCUGCCCAUCACCAUCAUCCUCACAUGCUACUGUCUGAUUGGCCGGGCUCUUCUCAAAGCGAGGAACAUUCAGAAGAACUCAAAGUCGAACAGGGAUGAAGCGUUGAGCAUGCUGACCGCUGCAGUGCUGUCAUUUUUCCUCUGCUGGGCACCACAUCAGAUCUUUAACUUUAUGAACAUGCUAAUCACCAUCAAAGUGAUCACCAGCUGUGAUGUCAUCGAGGUCGUUGAUACUGGAUUGCCUUUUACCAUUUGUAUUGCCUUUUUCAACAGCUGUAUGAACCCAAUUGUGUACGGUUUUGUUGGGAAGAAUUUCCGCAGGAGCUUGCUGAAGCUGAGGAGAUGCUCCUCAAAGUCGGUUGCCUCUCAUCCCACCCUCAGUACCAAGAUGAGCUCUCUCUCGUAUCGAAACUCAGAGUCAAUUCACCUCUCUGUUGUUAAAACAUCCUCACUGUCUCAAGCCACGUAAUCAAAGCAAACAUUAUUCACCAAUGAAUCAUCUUUAAAGACUGAUACUGUUGGCUCAAAGAGAAGAUUAGUCUCUCCCUAUAAAUGACUGUUGUGACUGGAACGGGAACACAAUAUUGUGAUUCUUUGUUCUGUUGCUUUACAUUUACAGUACAUUUGAGCAUUAACAUUACACAUUUUACAGUACACUAAGGUUCUAUUAGUUAACUAUUUUAGUUAACAUGAACUAAUGCUGAACAAUACUAUUACAUUUAGUUCUUCUUAGGUAAAUGUUCAUUUCAACAAACAUUUUUAAAUCAAAAGUUGAAGUUGUUAACAUUUAUGCAAAGUAACUUACUGUGCGUUCAGCCGUAAUGUUUUAUCACCAUGUGCAUUCCUUAAAAUAUUGAACCCAUGAAGGUUGUAUUUUAUUGCAGUGAAGCAACAGAAAUUUGUUUUACGCUGUGUAUAGUGAGCUCAGUGAAAAGUGUAAAUUAUGAGCAAACAUUACAUUAUUGAUAUGCUAGUUAAUAUACUAUCAUACGUAGAUUAGGAACUUUGUAUAAAUCUACAAAACUCAUGCGGCUAGAAUUCUGUCUGGGGCUAAGUCCGGUGAUCAUAUUUCCCCUGUUUUAGAGUCUUUACACUGGCUCCCUGUCAAAUAUCAUAUUGGUUUUAAAAUCCUUAUGUUAACUUUUAAGGCAUUGCAUGACCUGGCUCCUCAAUACCUGUCUGAUCUUUUAAUUCCUUACAAACCAUGUCGAAAUCUACUCUCUUCUCAGUAUGGUCUUUUAGAUGUUCCCAAGACACGGCUCCGCUCCAUGGGUGAUAGAGCAUUUUCUGCUUAUGCUCUGGAUCUGGAACUCUCUCCCGAUAAACAUCAGGGAGGCAAACUCACUAGCCAUUUUCAAAUCUCUUCUUAAAACAUUUUAUUUCAGGACUGCUUUUACUUGACUGGAUCUUUUGUUUUGUUUUAUACAGUAUUUUAUUGUGCUGUUUUAUUAAUGUGUGAUGUAUUGUUUUGAUUUGUUUUAUUAAUGUGUGAUGUAUUGUUUUAUUAUUGUUGUGCAGCGCUUUGAGAAAGAAACUUUUAAUGGCGCUAUAUAAAAUAAAUGUAUUAUUAUUAUUAUUAACUGUGAGAAAAGCAAGUAGGCCCUAUAUGGCACUUUUCAGAUUACUAGAGAUAAUAAAGCUCUUUGGUGUAGGCCUAUGUGCGUUUUAUUUUUCACUAAUUUUAUGUUACUGCAGAAUGUACUUUUUACACUGUAUUUAACCCCAAACAGGACUCUUUAUUGGGUCUCCAUGAUAGCAUCGAUGUAUAAGUACUGACAUGGUUAGUGUCAUUUAGCAUAAAAUGUAUAUUUUCACCACUUUGAGAAGUCCUGAAAUGUGUGUAAUAGCCAAGUAAUUUUUUUGUGGUUAAAUUGUGUCUUUUA